AUGCUUCUCCAGAUGGAAGGACUGGUGAACAUUAACCAUCAAGAAAUUCCGGCAGCAACUGCUCCACCACCACCAGCUGCCGCCGCCACACCACCUCCAGUUACCACUACGCCGCCACCACCUCCAGUUACCACUACGCCGCCACCACCUGCAGUGACGGUCAAUAAUGAAAACGAUGGGUUUGACUUUUUUGAUCCCCAUGGUGUUAUUCCUGCUCCUGCCUUUGCGUUUGCCCUGCAAGGAUCAGGUGGUGGAGAGAUGGAGGAUUUGUUUGGUUCUCUAUCAGAGUCUUUCUCUUCUUCAAAUGCUUUGGCUGUUGUAACAUCUACUUCAUCUAUAACCACUGAAGUUCAUCCUCCAGCAAAUACUAAUCCUUAUCUCACCUUCGAUACCUCAUCGACAAGUCGUGUGCGUGAGCAUUUGAUGAUCCGUUUGGUGAUGGUCCUUUCAAAGCUGUUCCUUCUACUGAUGGAUUUCCGGCUUAACCACCAACAUCACCCUUCACUACAACUGUUGCUGAACCACCAUCAUUUUCAGUUGACCCAAUGUCAGGGUCAGGGGGAUUUGGGGAUACUUUUGAUUUUGAUUCAACUGUUGACAUUUUUAGCUGAUAUAUUGCCUCCACCUGGACCCUCGCAAAUUGCUUUUCCUUCUCAAAAUGGUCAAGCAUCUAGUCUUUCAGCAGAAGCAGCCUAUGCCACAGUUAGCUUUUCCACCUCAAGGUGUCCAGCAGCAGCAACCUAUGCCACAGUUAGCUUUUCAACUUCUAGGUGGACACCAAUCUAUGCCACAAUCAGCUUCUCAACUUCCAGGUGUGCAGCAGUAGUAGUAGUUGCCACAGUCAGCUUUUCAACUUCCAUGUGA